AUGUCGUCAAAUACCAAGAAGAAUCAUCCUUAUGUCAAAAAAGAAAAUAAGAAGAAAACAGAAGCCAAGAAUAAGUUGAAGGGUACUAUUUUCAUUGAUGCGCUGCCUAUGUAUGAUCCUGAUUUCCGAGGUAAAGAUAACGUUCCUGAUACACCGAUGCAUGGCAAUUUUGGAGGAGAACCACUCAAGUUUGAUGUGAAUGAGCCACGAAUAGCUGUGGAUUAUAUGAAACCAGAACACCGUAUCCCUCCCAAAUCAAAGCCUGCCAAGUCAAAGCCGCCAUUGAAAGAGUUGAGCAAACUGGUAGAAACUAUCAAGACAGAAUCGACGACAGAGAAGACCGAGGUAGAAGUGCUAGAAGAAGGCGAGAUUCCACAGGAUUCUGGUACAGAUGGGAUAAGUACAGACCAUCUUGAAAUCGCACGGUUGAUGGGUAGAAACACAAAGCUAGAUACAUUGUCUAUGGACGAUCAUGUUGAAAUCGCUUGGUUGAUCGGUAUGCCUAAGUUUAGGAAAUUAGCUAGACGCUUAGGAUUGUCGGAUAAAGACUUAGAAUGUAUUGCUUGUGAUGUACAGUUUUUAGAAGAUAAUAUGGAUAAAUAA